GACGGCACGGCGCAUCUACGUGGCGCUCGGUGUCGACGUCCUUGACGGUCCAGCGGCGCCGACGACAGACGACGACGGCGCAGCCACCUUGUCGGAAGACGCGAUCGACGAAGGCGCUGCCGAUGGCGCGUUCGGCUACGGACCCGUGCGGACGGACGCGGUCUUGGCGACACAGUUGUCGCGGGACCUGGAGUCGCGCUACUCUGGCUACUCGGACAACUUUAGCUCGAGCUACGGCGACAACUAUGGCUCGUCCUCGAGCUUCGCGCCAGGUUCGUACAGCAGCUACGGCGAGUAUGCGCCGAGCUCUAGUAGCACCAACUACUACAACGAGGCCGUGAUUGACGACGAGCACGACGAGCACGUCAUAUGCCCGCACUGCCUCGGCAACGUCAACGUCCCGCCCGGCUGCAGUGCGUACCUGCAUACGAUUCCGUGUCCACUGUGUCAGCGCCCGCUCGGCGGCUCGUCGCCGGCACCCGCGCCGCCUGGCACCACCACGAUUACCUGCAAGGGCUGUCGCCGUGGUCUGCACUUGCCCGAUGGAUUGGACCUCGCCGACGUUGUCUGCCCCGAGUGCAACUCUGUCAACAAGAUCGACCCGACGCCCAAGCCGACGCUUGUCAAGUGCGGGCACUGCCACAAGAUGCUCUCGGCGCCGCCAGGGCAGCCCACGAUCCAGUGCGGCCACUGCAAGGGCGUCUCACGCGUCAUGGGCUCGGAUGAUGUCGUCAAGGUAACGUGCGCCAAGUGCAAGACCCUCUUGGCAGUGCCAAGCGGCUCGACAGUAUACAAGUGCCUCAAGUGCGGCCACGUGUCCAAGUGA